AUGUCCACCAUUUCUUCUAAACAAAGCUCAAAUAUCGCCUCCGAAAAUUCAGUAGACUCACUAUGGUCAUAUCCUGACACACAAGGAGAUACCCCUUCUCACCCAUAUCGUGCCCACACAUCUACCCUUGUGGGAAAUUUAUUGUAUGUUUUUGGUGGUGGAAACAUACCUAGCAACUCCAAUGAACUUCAUAUUCUCAAUAUGGACACAAUGAUUUGGUCAAAUCCACCCACCUCUGGCCACAUCCCUCCUCCCAUGCGUGCUCACACAAGCACUCUGGUCGAGCACUCUAUUGGACCCCCUUCAAUCUAUAUAUUUGGUGGUGGAUAUAACGAUACCUAUUAUAAUGAUGUCUACAUAUUGAACACAGAGACUCUUUGUUGGCUAAAGCCAGCAAUGGAAGGUACAAUUCCAUCUGGCCGACGCUCACAUUCGGCCGUUCUAUGGCGAAACUCUAUUGUAAUUGUUGGUGGAGGGAAUGGUGUGAGUGCUCUCGGAGAUGUGUAUAUGCUGGAUUUGUCAAGGCCAAUUUUGAGAUGGUCCCAAUUAGAGAUAGGUGGAUCACAUCCAAGUCCUCGUGGUUAUGCCGCCAGUAUACUUGUCAAAAACAAAAUAUUGUUUUAUGGCGGUACAAACGGGCACAAGUGUCUUUCUGAUUUACCUCUUCUAGACCUUGAGACAAAAGAAUGGAGUUCAUUAGGCCUAGUUACAUCUGAUGCCCCUCCCCGAAUGGCACACACUGCAACUCGAGUAGGACCUUAUGUAUUAUUUUUUGGUGGCUAUGACGGACAUGCGUAUUCCAACAUGGUCCAAGUCAUGAACCUUGCUACAGCAACUGAAGGGCCGCCUUUUGCUUGUCCUGGAGGACCUAGUGCCCGUGCUUACCACACGACCGUAUUUUAUAACAAGAAGCUCUAUAUUCUUGGAGGGUUUGACGGACAGCAGGCUUUUGAUGAUAUAUAUUGUCUCGAUCUGAGCGAAAGUCCAUAUUUGGCUUGUCCGGCUCAAGCAGCAGGAAAGAAAUCAUUUGUUCAUAAAUUAUGGGCGCGCAUCUCCCAUCCCCAUCACUGA